CCAACGGGCCGGGACACAUCGGAGGGGGAGGGCGGGGGCGAGGACUAAGUUUGUGGCGGUGGAAGGCGGAUCGUUGUCUCUGUGGCCGUGUCUCCUCCCUCUGGAUCCCCCUUCCCUGCCCCUCUGCCUGGAGGUGGGCGUCUCUGCCUGCGUGUGUGUGUGUGUGUGUGUGUGCGGGCCUGUCCCCCCGCCGCGGGGGCCGGCGAGGACGAGCGGGAGGUCAAGGCCGCCGCCUCCUCCUCCCUCCUCCUCCUCCUCCUCCUCCUCCUCCUCCACGGCGGCCUCCACCAGCAGCACCAGCAGCACCAGCACCGCCUCCCCCAGCAGCUGCAGGAGCAGCAGCAGGAGCAGCAGGGCGGGCGGCGAUGCGGCGCUGACCCCCGGAGGGAGGGAGGGAGGAAGGGAGGGAGGCAUCUGCGGAGGGCUCGGGGGACCCUGCACCCCUGCACCCCUGCACCCCUGCACCGCCCUCGGGCUCCGGACCCUGCGCGGCCGAGGGCCUGCGGUGACGGGAUGCCCCCGGAGGGCCGCGACUCUUCCUGACUUGUCCGAGGAGCAGAGCCCCCCGGAGAAAUGGCCCUGGUGGACAAACACAAAGUCAAACGACAGCGACUCGACCGGAUCUGCGAAGGCAUCCGGCCGCAGAUCAUGAACGGCCCCACUCACCCCCGGCCGCUGGUGGCCCUGCUGGACGGGCGGGACUGCACGGUGGAGAUGCCCAUCUUGAAAGACUUGGCGACGGUGGCGUUCUGCGACGCGCAAUCCACUCAGGAGAUCCACGAGAAGGUGCUCAACGAGGCGGUCGGAGCCAUGAUGUACCACACCAUCACCCUCGCCCGCGAGGACCUGGAGAAGUUCAAGGCCCUCAGGGUCAUCGUGCGCAUCGGCAGCGGCUACGACAACGUCGACGUCAAGGCCGCCGGAGAGUUCGGAAUCGCCGUGUGUAACAUCCCCUCGGCGGCGGUGGAGGAGACGGCCGACUCCACCGUGUGCCACAUCCUCAACCUCUACCGGCGCAACACGUGGCUGUGCCAGGCCCUGCGCGAGGGAGGCCGCGUCCAGAGCGUCGAGCAGAUCCGCGAGGUGGCUUCCGGAGCGGCCCGGAUCCGCGGAGAGACCCUGGGACUCAUUGGGUUCGGUCGCACGGGCCAGGCGGUGGCGGUCCGGGCCAAGGCCUUCGGGUUCAGCGUGCUGUUGUACGACCCGUACCUGGCGGACGGGGCGGAGCGCUCCCUGGGCGUGCAGCGGGUCUACAGCCUGCAGGACCUGCUCUACCAGAGCGACUGCGUCUCGCUCCACUGCAGCCUCAACGAGCACAACCACCACCUCAUCAACGACUUCACCAUCAAACAGAUGCGGCAGGGAGCCUUCCUGGUGAACACGGCCCGGGGCGGGCUGGUGGACGAGAAGGCCCUGGCCCAGGCCCUCAGGGAAGGGCGGGUACGAGGCGCCGCGCUCGACGUGCACGAGUCGGAGCCGUUCAGCUUUGCUCAGGGCCCAUUGAAAGACGCUCCCAACCUGAUCUGCACGCCCCACACGGCCUGGUACAGCGAGCAGGCGUCCCUGGAGAUGAGAGAGGCGGCCGCUACCGAGAUCCGCCGGGCAAUCACAGGUCGCAUUCCCGAGAGCCUCCGCAACUGCGUCAACAAAGAAUUCUUCGUCACCUCAGCGCCGUGGUCCGUCCUAGAUCAGCCGGCCAUUCAUCCCGAGCUCAACGGCGCCACGUACAGCCCAGCAAGCACGGCGACAGCAGAGACCACCCCGGCGAGCAAUAGCGGCCGGACGCCGCCCGCCCGGGAAGGGAGAACCUUCCGUUCCAGCGCCCCCGGGACCAAAAGACACCGACCGAAGCCAGCAAGAGACUCGAAACGGGGACCGGGCCGGAGGCGGCCCCCACGCCUCCGGAGCCGCGGCGCCCCGACCGCCACGGGGGAGCCCGGGGCCCGACGGCAGCGCCGGGCCGGGCGAGGGGCCCCGCGGACCGACGCCGGCUCCCGUUACCGUCCGCUCCGUUGGCUUCCUCCGGGCGUCCGAUCGCGGGGACGGAGCCUUCCCCUCCUCCGGCGGCACCCCUCGGGCCGUGGGGCGCGGCCCCGGGGGCUCCCGGCCCCGGAGGGGAGUGGCGGGGGGGGGGGGAGGGGAGGCACCCACCUCCUCCACCCAGCCUGGGUCCCUUUCCCCAUCCAGGUCGUCUUCCCGCCCAGAGGCGUGGAGGGAGAUGCAAGGGGCCUCCGGGCGGGGACACCGGCCUUCGCCUCCUCGUCCGGCCGUCGGGAGUACCGGCCCGCGGUCGGGGCUCGGGGAGGGAGGCGGGUGUCGGCCGGGAGCUCCGAAGCGACCGUGCCCUCUGACGAUGCAAAAAAAAAAAAAAAAGUAUUAAAUUUCACAAGCUGUUUGUACUCAGAUAUAUUUUCUCAGUUUCAGAUCCUCAGCUAUUUUAUUGAGUGGAAAAAUCUUGAGCCGAAAAGGUUCAAGAAGAAGAAUGUCGCAUUUCCUUAUGUCUCAGGAAACACUUUUUGUGGUAACUCGUGUCAGAUUGUCUACGGACAAAACCCACUUUUCUAGACAUCGAUAACCUCUUCUUUUCUUCACGUGCUAUUUUAUACGAGAAUACUUCAGGCGCGUUCCUCUCUAGACGCGCCCGAUUUUCACAAACCCGGGAGAUUUCUACCACCAGCUCAGCUCGCUCCGCGUUCCGGUCCGAGGCCCCGGGCCCCGGCCGGCCUCCGCCCGCCGGCCCGGCGAGGGGGCCCCCGCCGGGUCCGGCCCCGGGUCCGGGACCGCGACCUUCCGGGCUGCUCCCCGGCAGGUGGAGGAGCCAGGGCUCGCGGACGUGUGUUUUGGUUUUAGUGUGCGCGUUACCGUUAACUGUAUGUUUAUUGUAAAAAUGGACAUUUAGCGUUCAGUGCGGUUUUCAAUAAAAAGCGAUCAAAACCUG